AUGGUAUUCAUCAAAAGUCUCGCCGUCGCUACGGCAGUCUCAGCCGUCUCUCCUUUGGUGCAUGCCUUCGACGCCCAGUCGAAGUCCAAUGUUGCAGUCUACUAUGGCCAAGGGGCUAACCAGCCGCGCCUCAGCCAUUUCUGUCAAGAGUCGGCACUAGAUAUCAUCAACAUUGGAUUUGUCAAUGGAUUUCCUGAUCAGAGCCCUGCCAAUUGGCCUGGCAGUAACUUUGGCAACCAAUGUGAUGGACUGACCUACGAGAUUGGCGGGAUCAAGACCGACUUGCUCUCAGGCUGCCAUCAGAUCAUGGAAGAUAUUCCCAUCUGCCAGGCAGCCGGCAAAAAGGUUCUAUUGUCCAUAGGAGGUUCUACCCCCGACAAUCAGGAACUCCUCUCAACAGAGAGUGCUAUUGGAUUUGCCGAAUUUCUCUGGGCAUCCUUUGGUCCCGUGGACGAUACUUGGGUGGCAUGGGGCGGUCCCCGUCCGUUUGGCAACGUAUCCGUCGAUGGGUUUGACUUCGAUAUAGAGCACAACGGUGGUUUUGGGUACGGAGCUAUGGUCACCCGCUUUCGUGAGCUUUUUGCCCAAAAACCUGAUCAGAACUUCUACCUGUCUGGGUCCCCUCAAUGCCAUAUACCUGAUAAGCAACUGAGCCUCGCCAUUGCAACAUCCGCAUUUGACUUUGUCUGGGUGCAAUUUUACAAUAACGAUGAUUGUUCUGCUCGUAAUUUCGUUACUGGGGAGGGUUUCAACUUUGACGCCUGGGUCGAUAUCAUCAAGUCUGGCGGGAACCCAGCUGCAAAGCUCUUCGUCGGCCUGCCUGGCAGUGAAGCUGCGGCGCUUGAUGGGUACUACUUGACUCCUGAUGAGGUCGAGCCUUUGGUCAAAAAAUACAUGAGGCUUUAUCCUGAUACAUUCGGAGGUAUCAUGGUUUGGGAAGCGACCCAGUCUGACCGGAACAAAAUCAACGGGACUAGCUACGCAGACAACAUGAAGAGAAUCCUGACUGAACUGGAUCCUACGCCUCCCGCUCCGACGAGGUCCCCUUCUAGCUCCGCUAUCGCAUCAAGCACUCUCAUUCGGUCGAGUACUCCAGUCAUUUCUGGAAUACCAACGCUGUCAAGCACUCCUGCUCAGUCCAGCUCGCUAGCCGCUUCUUCAACCCCGUUGACGUCUAGCACACCUGGCCAUUCUAGCUUUCCUAUCGCAUCAAGCACUCCCAUCCAUUCUAGCACACCUGCCCAAUCGAGCACUCUUAUUGUGUCCAGCAGCCCUACUCGGUCCAGCACGCCUGUCCGGUCUAGUACUCCAAUUCGUUCAAGCACCCCUAUUGCGUCAAGCAGUGCUAUCCAGUCUAGCACACCUGUUCAGUCUAGCACACCUGUUCAGUCUAGCACACCUGUUCAGUCUAGCACACCUGUUCAGUCUAGCACACCUGUUCAGUCUAGCACACCUGCUCAGUCAAGCACACCUGCUCAGUCAAGCACUCUAGCACGGUCCAGUACUCCAGUUCAUUCCAGCACUUUAGCUCACUCAAGCACCCCUAUUGUGUCCAGCAUUCCUGUCCGGUCUAGCACUCCCAUUCACUCUAAUACUCCUAUUAUAUCAAGAAGUACUGUCCAGUCCAGUGCCCCGCCUCACUCAAACACUGCUACUGCAUCGAGCACACUAGUUCAUUCAAGCACCCUUAUUCAGUCAAGACCCCCGUCAUCAUCAAGCAUAAUUGCCCAAUCAAGUACCCCAGCCAGAUCUGCAACUACGUCAACGCCUAGCGUCCCUCGUUGGUCGUCUACCCCGGCCACAUCCAGUGCACAAUCUGCAUCUGCCACUGCCAGUCACUCGAGCUCGCCUAUCAGCUCUAUGUCUUCGCUAACAUCUGGGACCCUGACGAUAUCGAGCUCAUCAGUUUCCCCAGGGACACCAUCUGCCUCGGCCAUUCUGACAGAGACGAUUUCGCCAAUACCUUCCGGAACACCCAUUCAUUCUGGGAACACCGUUUCUUCCGGGGAGCUUACCUCGUCGAGCACUCCAGCUCCUUCCCCCCCGCCGGCCACUUCCGGGGGCCCAGGUCUGUCAAGCUCAGCAACAGUUUCCGAAAACCACUCGCCUACUAAGACGGACGUGUCGACAACGUCCAAUUCAACUGGUAUUCCGGCACCCUCCACUGUAGCUGCACCAUCUACUACUUCUACUUCAAACUCCUCAAGCACUUCCACUACCAGUUCAGACCAAACAGGUCAAUCCAGCCUUACCCAGUCGCAUACUUCCCAUAGUACUACUGCCUCCUCGUCGACCCACGCAGCCACAUCGGCGGGCGCGGGACCGGACAACGGAAACGCAACAGUUACGAGUACGAUUACUUCCGGAAUAGCGACUCCUACCGUCACACCUACAGGUACUACCUCGGAGCCUCUCACUGUCACGACUGUUAUCGUCACCUCGUACGUUGAUAUCUGUCCCACGGGGUUCACGACGAUCACCACGACUUAUACCACGACAUACUGCCCUGGGACAGUAUCCGCAACCGCUACAGCUACGAACCUUCCCUCUGGAUCUGGGUCCCAGACCGCUAUCUCUACUCCCCCUGAGGCUGGACCUCAACUGUGA